AUGGAUUUUGUGAGGUUGUCACCCUCCUUAUGGUCGUGUUUUAUACCUUUGAAGAAAUCAAUCAAAUGACAAUGUGAGUAGAGGGGCUUCCAAUGUUAAAACCCUUAUAAAUAGUUUUGGUGUCCCAUCGCCCGACCAUCUUAUCUCUCAGAUGACGACCGUCUUAUCACCCAGAUGCAAUGUCUGAUCAACAAAGCUGCAAAAGUAUGACGGUGUAUCAAACUAUAAAACUAAAUAAGAUUGUCAAGAUACGAGUCAACUCGUUCAAGCUAACAAAAUUCGUCAGCUGUACAUGUACACAACUGUUUUGAGAAAGGUUGGCGAAAAAAAGGACAAAAGUGCACGUGACAAUCUUGAAAGAUAAUCUGGGUAUCUGGUAAUCAGUGAAUUUUAAGAAAUUAAAUAAAUAGAUAAACUCGUCAAGAUUAUGAUGCCUCUUCCUUACAGUGACGUUUUCUCAGUUUUCCCUGAAAUCCUGAGGGCAAAGAACCGUGAUCUGAAAACUUCCCACGAUACCUAUUGGGGUUGUCACGUGCACUUUUUUUUCCGACAACCUUUAUGGAAACAGCUGUGUACGUAUUCGCCAAAUAUGGAUCCACUGCAUAGACUGUGGCUUACUGAUUUUAUUUUUUGCCGGGGUUGUUACGGUUUUUCUCCUAUACAUCAAUUUUUUUCAUUUAUAUGUCUUGAAACAUUUUGAAUUUGUUACUUACUUACUUAUAUGUUACAUGGUAAGAAUAUUUUAAUAAACACAAUAUUCUACGCUUUUUACAGUCCGGGCCAUAGACAGUUUUGUCUAUACUAUGGCCUCAUGAAACAUACCGUAACGGUCCAAGUUUUAAAAACUUAGGCCAGCCCCAUGUUUUAGCCCCGCAUUUUUGUCUCUGAUAUUUAUGUUCCUUUGUCCCUUCGGGCCCAGUUCACUUGAAAUAGCAACGAAAGAGUUUCUUGUCAACGUGUGCUACUCUUCUAAAGAAAGAGGUGCUAAUUACAACCCUACAUCUCUACAACUACUGCUUUCCGCUAUAUUUGACUAUUUGCAUCUAGGCAUGCGCAGUUCGGAAAGCCGCAAAACACUAGAACAAAAAUUUAUCUUCCAAAUCAGCACCCUUAAUCUAUACGGAAUCAACGAGCGCUUUUCAUUCAACUAAUUUAUUCCUGUUUUCUCGUCACCAUAUUCCCAACAAUAGUGUAGCUCCACUUUCCGCAUAUAAACCCACACACAACCCGCAAUUCCUCCAAUCGCUCUGACGAAGGGCUAACGCUCGAAAUGUCAGCAUUUUUACCCUUUACGGUGGCUAAUUUAUGUUUUCAACUCAGUUGUUACUACUAAAUUACCUGCUAUAAUCUCCCACCGACGCAGCGCCACAGUUUCUUUAGAAACUUACCCCCUUUAUCCAUUUGUCUGAAUCUUUAUUAAGUACACAUACUUAUUAUUUCAAUAUCUUUAUCGAGAAGUGUGAAACACGACGAGCCAUUGGGUGAUUAAGCCAAGUCGUUAAAGACCUUUGUUCUUGCAGUGAGAGACAAUCAUAUUUCACCAAGUGGAUGAGCACGUUUGACUGGUUAGGCCUACUUUUGAUCCUGUAUAUAAUACCUUUCCAAUACAUUGGUAGUAAAGCACAGUGGAUAUUUGCAUCUUUGGCUGUCUUGUUAAACUUCCUCAAGAUAUUUAAGUUUUCUUGCGUGACAAGGUAAUUUACCUCACAACCAAGCUCAAGAUUUGUACUUUAUGGGACAUUUUUAAAUUCGCUUUUUUUCGUCAGUCCUUUUUCUAGAGCAGUGUGGAAGGAAAACUAGUGAUGAUAACAUUCCCGUAUAACACUGUGCUACUCUGAAACAAAACCUUAGUUCUCAAUCUAUUUUCUUCGCCAAGCUUCUUUUAUCCAAUAACUGUAUACUUAAUUAGGUAUGGGGUUACAAGGAAAUCUUGCCCUUGUUAUUUGCAAUUCGCUUAACUUUGGCUUGCAGAACUCGAAUGAAUCUACCUAAACAAGUUAUUUUAUUGAUCUGUGUUUAUGAUUUUGGAGGUUCUUUGUAUAGAUCGGAAAUCAGCAAAAAAAAAAAAUAGAUUUUUACCCAAGUCCAUACACCAUAUAAGUGGCACGAGUGCAUGUAACAUUGUUUCUUAUCCAACAAAGCCUUUCAUCUUUUCCAAAAAAUUAUUAUUAUUCAGGAGGACUUAUCGGGGUUCAUUGCAGUUUUUAUUGUGAUCUUUCUUCCCUUUUGUUGCGCCUUGUUUUUAUCAUUACGUCACGGUUCUAAUCAAUACCAUCAAUUUAGGUACGUCUGAAUUUUUCAGAUCGUUGCAUAUCUCCUUCCCACUGAUUCUCUUCAGAAUUAUUAUGUAACUAAUUGAUGCUUAAGGAGGGCUCAAAACGAUUACCUUAUUUUUUAUGAUCUAGUUAAAAAAACAGUAAUGAAAUGAUUACAUGUACAAUUUGUUCAGCGAUGAUUUGGUAUGGAUUUUUCCACCAACUGAGCGGAAUAGUGUUUAUGGUUGGUACUUAGAUGCUUACGGUUACAAUGAUUUUUACCGACGAUGCAAGUUGUAAGAGUAGUUAUCUUUGCAUCUUCUCACAUUUAGUGGCUUGGGAGAUGUUUUGUAGACCGGAUUCCGGGCGUUGUUCGAACAAAGACCAAUUGUAGAGGACUACUCAAGCUUCAAGUAAGGUUAUGA